AUUUCAUUUUAACUAACAAAACAAAAAUAAAGAAAAAACUGAUUUUCGUCCUUUCGAUUUUAAGCCCUUUUCGUUUUAAUCCCCAUAAUUUUGACACUAGACACCAAAACUUUGGUACUUUUUAGGCUUCAGUAACAUUGUAUGCAGAUGACAGCCGUAGCAUCCCCGUGGUCCAAGACUAUUCAAAACAAAUCCUAGUGUGAUACUAGAAAUUGUUAUUAUUUUUUCGUGUUGAAUGUUUAGAGCAUACCGAUUCCAUAACAAUUAUGCUAAUAUAACCCUUCGUUUUGUUAUUAUCACCCGCCCGGGACUAGAUGAAACAAUUCAAACUGAAAUCGACUAAAUAAAAUCGUGAUGCAUACCUUGUCAAACACGUUAAAGAAGUUUGGAAUAUCAGUAAAUUUAUCUUGGAUGUAACCCCUAAAGUGAGUUUGACUCAUUUUUGAGAAGAAGUGACGCCUUAGUUGAAUUGAGCCACUUGAAGAGAGUGGUUCGGUUGAGCAAUACAGGAUAGGUCGCCAUGUUUCAGGGUAGUUUUGUAAAGCUUAUAUUUGCUUGUGCAUUCUUGCUAGCGUUUGGAAAUGAAGAUAAAUAUUUCAGGGUAUACGAAUCAUACAUGUUAACUAUUAAAAAAGGAGGAGUUUACAAAGAACCCCAAAAAGAAAGUAACGAUUCAGGUUAUCGACGAGAAUUAUUUCCUGAUGUUACUAUGGCUCAAUUAAUGGCGAGAAGUAGAAAAAGCAUCGAGCCAAUUACGUGUGGAAAAAAGAAAAUUGUGGCCCCAAACAACCAAACUGACUCGUAUCAUGGUCAAUUCCCUUGGCAUGCAGCAAUAUAUCAUUUUAGAAAGGGUCAACAUCUGGAAUUAACGUGUGGUGGCACGUUAAUAGGCCAAAAAUUUAUUCUAACUGCCGCCCAGUGUACAGUGGAUGAAGCUGGUGAUGAAAUACUGAAAGAAAACAUUCUAAUAAGAUUAGGAGCAGGUUAUUUUAAUUUAAUGAACUUGACAAUAGAAAAAUAUCGAAGAGUACGACAUAUUCACAGGUCAGAUACAGAAAAAAAAGAAUUUGAGGCAAAUAUAUUUAUAUUGGAGAUGAAUAAAGAUGUAGAAUUUAGUGAUUUUAUUCAACCAGCGUGUGUUUAUCGAAAUACUUAUUUCACUACAUUCAAUUUUACGAUACCAGUAUGGCGGCCAUCAAAUGUGAACAACACACAUGUAACAAAACUGAGAGGCAUUCAACAAGAUGUAACUUGUGCUUUAGCAGUGGAUUUUAAUAGAACUGAUUGCGCUUGUAGUUGGAUUGAUGGUGAUUUAAACGACAUUGGAAGUGGAUUGGGCUUCGAAUCGAGUGGCUCGUGGUUUUUAACAGGAGUUGUAGCUAUUGUGCCCUUGCACCGCUUCCUUUCUAAAAGAAUAAUGUGCUGGGGUUUAAACUAUGCAAAUAAACUUGUGCAGUGGAUUUAUAAAAUAACCAAAAUCGCUUACCUGAAAAGCACUGUUUUUAAACCUGCGCGUGAGGUAGACUCUACGAGACAGCAUUUAGGUAUUUUACCACGGCAUUGUGGUAGUUUCAUACCCAAGAAUAUCUUAACGGGAAAUGUAACUAAACCCUUGCAAAGUCCGUGGAUGGCUAUAAUAGGGGAGCGUGACAUCGAGCUUGACGCAAUACAAUUUCGAGGAGUAGGAACACUUAUAAGUAAACGCCACGUCUUAACAAGCUGUGCCUGCAUUGUAUCAGAAUACAUUGUGGUAAGACUGGGGCUGAUCUCUUUAGAAGGCACAGAAGAACUUGAUAUCCGUGAUUAUGAGGUAGAUUACGUCACCUGUCAGCCAACGGUACAGAAAAAUGAAUCACUCUAUUCGGUCGCUUUGAUUCGACUCGCAUAUGAUGUCACUUUUGAAGAUCACAUACAACCGAUUUGUUUGGCUGGGGCACCAACAACCGUUCAGUCAAAGCCUUUAAUCAAUCAGUCAACAUACCUCAUCAUCGGUUGGAUUGCUAACACUACGUCUUUGGGCUUCGUUUCACCUACUCUAAAAAAAGAAUUAGUUAAAAUCAGGAACAUAUCCAAUUGUGAUGAAGAAAUCGAGCGCUAUAGUUUGGAACCCAAUGGAUUUAUCUGUACAAAACUUAAAAAAAGUAUGUUUCAUGGCAUAGGACAACCACUCGGUUAUCCGGUAGAACAAGACAACGGAAUAAGAUUCGUACAGUAUGGUAUAAAACUACUGUCAACAACCAAACUUAACAUAAACAUUUCUUAUCACAUAAAUUGGAUAUUGACCAACAUGAAAGAUGAUGAUUAAUCUGUUAAAAAAGUUGUUUGUCAAGAUAUACAGCAACCAGGAAGGUUGAUGUCAUCGGAUUGCAACAUUUUUGAAAUUACAGACCCAAUCCUGAAAUGGUAGUAUUUUGACAAUUGUCAAAUUUUGUUGUAAAUCCUUUAGGAGACUGUUGUUUAGGGAAACCACAAACAGCUUAGUGCUUUAAGCUCUGGUUAACGUAAUAACCGAUUAUUUCAAAAUCUGACAAAUAAUAAACAUAAUUACAUUGUAGACUGAAAAAAGCUAUUGAAACCAAUGUUAUGUUUCAUAAAAUUCAAUUCUUUUUCGAAAGUCCCCAGUUAAUUAUGAGGCUGCUUAAAUAUUCCAACGACUCGCAAAUAGUUAUAUUUCGUCUCCCGAGCAGACAAUUUCCAACCUUUGAAAGAAAAUCGUCCCACUGUCUAAAUAAACCAUUCCUCACCCGCAAGAUUGUAAACAUCGAAGCAAAGCAAGAUUUCCCUUGCUCCCUGGAGAUUUUAAAUAUUGCAACGUGGUCGACCGGUCGAUUCCGAGCUCAUCCCGCACUGCACUGGAAGGAGCUUACCGGAGGAGGGGCGAAAACCGAUAAAAUCUCGCAAAACUGCCAAAUUUUACAACCCUGACAGACUAGCUUCCGCAAGAGUGCAAGAAAUCGAUCCUUUUUGGAAACAUAUAAAGUUCAAUACACGAUUGAUGCGCCCCCGUCCGUUGGGGUGAUAAACGACCUUUCUGACCUGGUUACUGCGGGGCUGGGGAAUUCUUCCGGAACAGUCCCCGGCAAAAGGUUCGCCGGUAAGUGAUACGGUCCGGUGACCGGUGACCCUUGCGGCCAGUGUGGGGUGGAAAAAUCAAUAGGAAAAGAUGUUGGUUUUUUUUGUUGGUGCUCGUCAAACUCUGUUUGGCCAGUAAACGAAUUUACAACGAUUUCUUAUGAAUUAUUCGGGCGGUUUUGCCACUCAGGCAAAACGAUUUAUGGCUUUGUGGUGGACGGUGCUGAUCUGUGUGAAAAAAGAAAGAUGUUUUUGAAAGUAAAUUUGAUCGAACAUAAAAAUUAAGUUAUUCAAAUAUAGCCAUGUAAAAAUAACACACAAUUAUCAUCAAACCCUAUCGAUUACCCAUUUAGAAGUUCGUCAAAUUCCACCACUUAUGCUUGAUUUAUGGGUUAUCCAUAUCAUUUCACUACUAAAUAGUUGAUUGAAUUUCCCAUCCUCUUUGAAGUGCCUCAGUCAAUUAUCAUACCAAACGAGCCAUCAAGUAUCCCCUCUUUACCGAAAUGGCGUCCCAUAAAGAGGUCCCCAUCAAUAUGGGUGGGAAACCCUUUUCUUCAACCCACUCCUAGUGUGUUCACCUCUAACCAUUUCGAUUAUUUCUUAAUGACCGGUGGAAUGCCUUCAUUCCAGCUCGGACUCGGACUAAUGUAUUCACAAAACGGUGGCAAACAAUGUGGCCCAGCCAAACAAUACUACCUCUUUGUGCUACACAACAGAGAGAAAGAGAAAGCAAUUCCAUUCAUGGUCCAUAAAUGGAGCUUCCAAAUGGGAAUCAUCAUCGGUUGGUAUUGUCGGUAUCCUCGUCGUUGUCGAUUGAGUAUUCUCCGGAGAUCACACCUCUUCAUUAUUGACACCUUGAUUUGGAGGGGGGUUUCCAAGUAGGAUAAUUUUUCAGAACAUUUACCUGAUCAAUGGCAAUUCAAGACCUUUUUCAAAGUUCUUUGUCAUAUUGGUCAUGCGUAACAUAACCACC